UCCUUUACAAACAAACAACUGUCCUCUUCCAUCUGGCCUGUAUGGUCCGCAUCUGUAGUCUGGUGUUGAGAUGCCCUCUUGAGUGACUCCGGCACGGUGGGAAGGAAAAGAGACGCACAGCCAUCAAGAACCAGUAAUGAUGAAUGGUUCCAACGUUGCCAAUACGACGACGUCCAACGCUAAAUCCAAAGACGAGCAGGUAGUGAACGGGCACGAUGAGAAGGAGAACAACCCUUUCGCGGAGUACAUGUGGAUGGAGAACGAAGAGGAUUUCAAUAGACAGGUGGAGGAGGAGCUGCAGGAGCAGGACUUCCUUGACCGCUGUUUCCAGGAGAUGCUGGAUGAAGAGGACCAGGACUGGUUCAUUCCAUCACGCGACCUGCCCCAGGGCAUCGGGCAGCUGCAGCAGCAGCUGAAUGGCCUCUCGGUGGGCGACAGUUGCAGUUCAGAGGAUAUUUUGAGCAAAAGCAACUUGAACCCCGACGCCAAGGAGUUUGUUCCUGGAGUGAAGUACUGAACCUUCAGGCAAACAGACUGUGUCCCUGGCUUUUGGAGUGGGAGAGGGGGUGGGAAAGGAUCCGGGCGAGAGUCGAACUCGGCACUGUGAAUGGAGUCGCCGCGAUGCAGGGAAAUCUUGCUCUAUAAGCUUCUCGGGUACCUUUUUUAUUUUUCCUUUAUAGCAUCUCUUGUUUGGGCAGGCGGCUUUCUGGGACUUGCAGCCCUGCGGGCUUAUCUUGCGACUGCUACUCCAUCGACGGCCAAGUCCAGGUGUGUGCUUCGAACCGGCUAACAGAGGCCAUUUUUGAAAGCAGGUUCCCUGCUCUCCUUCCCAUCCGCAGCGGGCCAGGAAGUGCUGUGGGGAAGGGUGGGGCUUGGGGAAGGAUCUGGAUUGGGUGUGUUUCCUAUUUCCGUUCAGCAGGGAUUUUAGAAAAGCCGAAGCGUAAUGAGGCUGCGACUCAAAAUCCUUCCAACUUGCUGGACACACGACGAACGCCCUUCCUCUGCGUGCACCGACCACUAGAUGGGGUAACUCUCUGCAGAUUGAGAGGAGCCCGGCCUGCUUUUCUUGUUGGUGGAAGUUCUCAAGCCAGGGAGAUCAGAUCAGCAAGAGGCCAAGUGACCACCGGGGAAAUGGCUGCUCCUGCAGAAUGUCCAUUCACCUUGGCUUUUUGUUUCUGGCUCUUGCGCUUAUUCAGCACUGCAGCCUGCCCCUCUGAAACCUCCGGCAUCUGCUGUUUACAAAUCACUAGGCAAAGUGACCCACCUUUUGGCUUAAACAAAAAACAAACCCAAAGGGAACUAAAAUGUUCCCAUUCCCUGGCAUGGUAUGGAGAGGUGUGUUCCAGCUCGCACGGCAAACCCUCCUUGGAGAGGAGAACGGUCCAGUCACGUCUGGUGCGCUCCUUAUGGGCCCUAGCCUGCAAGGUGCUGUGCUCCCCUUGGAAGAAGGUACUCAGCAGCUUGUAAGAUCAGGCCCUGGCUAUUUGGAAUGUGAUCUGUCUGCUCCCUGGGCAUUCCCGAGUGUCUCAUGAGAAUGCUGCCAUGGGUUGAGAGAAGCAUUGGGGCUGCUGGUCAUCAUCUUCCCCGGGCAGGGAGGGGCCUGGCUUGAUGUCCUGACUUCUGCCCCACAAUUUGCCUCUUGCUGUGUGAGAUGGUUUGUGGGUCUGUAGGCAAAUUUGGCUUCUGAUAACGAAUGCUUUGAGCUGAUGAGAAUUGUUGGCAAACAAACCAGAGCCCCCAGGAGACCUGUGGGAACCAGCUGGGAGCAGGAGACUCUGCCCAUGUUGUCAACCAGUGUUUUUGAAUGGUCCCAUGGUUUGGGAUUUAACCCUUAUGGGCUUGUCUCAGCAGUGGCACGGUCCCCAUAGAACUUAGGCCUCCAGGUAUUUAGAGAUUAAAAGCAUCUUGGGUUGCAGGAGUUGCUGUCACUUCUGAACCUCUGAGCCAUGGUUAGACACUGGUCUGGGAAACACAGGAAGGGAUUUCCAUCCUCAGCCUAGUCUGGGGGAGUGGGAAGAGCAAGUGCCCUGUGAGCUGUCAGAUGGACUUGCUGGGGCCGUACAGAAGGCUGGGGAACCUUCAGCGUAAAGGUGAGGGAGCAGCUUUUAGGAGGCAUUACCCACCACCUUGUCCUUGGGCUGCCGGAGGGGCCUGCAGGAUCAAGCUCUCUCUAGAAGCAGAUACCAGGAAUUUUAACAGGAGCUGGUAAACCGCAGGCCCAGCUCCAUUUGGAACAGACAUGCUCCCAGCUUCCCUCUCCUCUAUGCCAAGCCGGAGCCAUCUCCUCUUGCAGCAGGAGGCCGGGAUCCAGGCUUUAGCUUCCCCAAAGCAGAGCCCAGCCUCUUUGGGUUUUAAACCAUCUUCCGGGAGGUUGGUGGCUUCCUCCUUCUGGGCACCAAGGUCAGCAACCUCCGCACCAGGUGGAACCAGCUGUCUCUCAGUGAGGUUGCUUAGGACGACACUCGCUUUUUUUUUACUACAUCUGGCCUUGGUGAAGUAGACGGGGAUUCUCUGCUCUGUCCAUGUACAACACAGGCCACAAACACCCAGCUUCAGAGUGUCACCAGGUUUUUAAUCUCCCCUCCCUACUGCAGCUUUUUAUAUCGUCCCUUCGGACUUUUUCAGUAGAUUGGCAAUGGGGAUUCUGGAGUCCUUUCAGAUCUCGCCUGGGCUGGUAGGGAUGGAAAUUAAUUACACAAGAGGGCUGCCCACUGGCCUAUGUGAAAUGAGUGAGGUUCUCAGGCCAGUUUCCACUGGCCUGGCAAACCCCAUCACGCCAGUUGGCUUCGGUGUUGGCAAGCCCAAAAGAAGGAUCCACGCAGCAUGACUUCCCCUUGGGGCAUAGUCCAAGCACACGGCAUUGUUGCUGUCUGUAUGGGACCUGCUUUGGGAUUAAACUGAGAAAUCCAGUCUCCGUGGCUGUCGGGCUGAUGCCUUCAACCAGCACUAAACUCCCUUGCAAACUUCACCCAGGAUCAGAAGUGGCUCAAACUGGAGCCUUACUGAAGUCUGCAGGUACCUAUACGAAUAUUGCUACACAAUGGCAGGGUUGGGCCUGGUUGUGUUGUGUCCUCCUGUUCUUGGGUACAACCGUUGCCUUCAGUGCCUACUUUCUGUUGCCCCAUCUAAAAGGGGUUUUUCCAUUAUCUGGAGCCAGAGCGCACGCCUUGCUACGUCUCUAGCGAUGGAUGGACUGUGGCACAGGAACAAAAAUGUUCCAACUCCAGCUGCCCUGUGGAACAGCCCAGUCUUCUGGGUCAAUGUGGAUUCCAUUGCCAUGAGGGAUUAAUGCCCACGUGACUGUGCAGGAGUGGUAAGGGUGGGCAUACAGGUCAAACUACUUUUGUAUCACUGGUUGAGUUCUCAAUUCCCCCCCCCCCGCCACCCUGCUCUGGCUUCUUUCUGACUUUUGAAAACACUUUCUGAUGACGUGCUGUACAUUUUUAAGAUAAUGCAUUAUUAAAAAUAAACCUUUUGGAGUUGUGCA